CGCCCCCGGCCCAGCGCUUCUUUAACGUCUAUAUACCCAGACAACGCCACCCCGCCCGUCGACCUCCCGAUCCCUCCCUCCUCCGCUCGCUCCCAAGUCCCACAACUCCCACCCACUACCCACCCAGCCGAUCUUUUCUUCCUAUCUCCUCUCGCCUACGUACUGAAGAAGCCACAUCUGUAUCGGAGAGCAGCAGGGACUCACUGCAUGGCCAUGGCGCCGCCCACCAACGACUCGGAGGCGCCAUGCACGCAGCGGCUGCCCGCGGAGGACGAGCUGCUGCUGCAGCAGACGCCGGCUGCCAGCUGCGGCGGCGAUCGGGCGCCGGCGGCAGGGACGUCGUGGACCGAGCCCGACCACCAACAGGCCGAGGCGCCAGCGGUGGUUCCCGCCGAGGCGGAGGGCGCGGAGAAGAAGAGCAGCAGCGCGUCGGCAGAAGCUGCAGCGUUGGCGGCGGGAAGCGGCGGCGGGGAGCCGAUGGCGGCGCGGCGGACGGAGGAGAUCAGCGCGCGGGAGCGGCUGAAGCGGCACCGCACCGAAAUGGCGGGGCGGGUGCGGAUCCCGGACAUGUGGGGCCAGGAGCGGCUGCUCAAGGACUGGGUCGACUGCGCCGUCUUCGACCGCCCGCUCGCCGCCACCACGGGGCUGCUCAACGCCCGCGACGCGCUCGUCGCCGAGUGCGCCACCGCGCGCCGCCCGGGCCCCGCGGUCUCGCACGCCUCCACGGGCCGCCCGCUCCGGGUGCACAACGGCUGCUCCUGAGAUCGGCGAUUCGUAUCGUACGUCGUCGGCUACUAUCAUGCAUAUCGGGCGCCGCAUGCAGUACUUGAGACUGCUUUUGUUUUUUAAUUAUUUGCUACUCCGAUCCGAUCCGAUGAUGAUUAUACCGGCGGCGUACAUAUAUACAUGCUUUUCAAACUCUACUAGCUAUUUGAAUCUUUACUGCGUGAUCGAUCGGACUAUAUAUUGAAUUUGAUCGGUGGUGAUAAUACACACCACCGAGUAAUUAUACUCAUGCUUUAGUACUGGUGGUUGUAAUUAAUGUAGUUGAUCACCAUUUUAAGCAAUCUGCUUGUUUAUUUGCAGCGGAUGAGCUAGAGUUCUUGCUGUGUCAUCAUA